AUGUUUGGACGUUGGAAUUGUAGUAACCGCAAAGAAGCUACACAUACAUACACGACUCUUGGGAAAAAAUACCAGGAGAUGCUGACUUUGAAUGAGAGAUUGUCUACACGUAUGACUGUGGUACCAUCAACUGAAUACUUACAUACGGUUAACGAUGGUGGGAGANUACCAUCAACUGAAUACUUACAUACGGUUAACGAUGGUGGGAGGAACUACACGGUAUGCUUGUUAGAGAGAAAAUGUGUUUGUGGGAGGUUCCAAGUUGAUGAAUUUCCAUGCCCACAUGCUUGGGCUGUAUUGGAGAGCAAGUUUCUAAUUCCGGAAGAAUAUUGCUCUAACUAUUACAAACCAAAUACAAUUGUAAUAACAUACGGUGUGCCAGUGAUCCCGCUACCGGACAGAAAUGACUGGAAUAUACCACAACAUGUUGUAGAUGAGGUUGUACUACCUCCCAAAUGGAAAAGACCUCCUGGAAGGCCAAAAAAGAAGCGAGAUAAAACUUUAAGUGAAUUGCUACAGCCGAAAAAUCAACAUUCAUGUAGCAUAUGUG